UGAGCUACAAGAAUAAGAUGGCUUUUUUCUAUUUAUCUGCCAAUUUUCUUGCUUUGGUUGUAUCGGCGAGUUUUGUGCAGUCUUCAAAAGGACAUGCGCCAAACGUUGGGUUUGUCUUCGCCAAUUUUCUUGCUCACGAAGGCUAUUAUUUGAACAUUGCAACUGUUGGUACAGAACUGGUCCAACACUCCUCUGAGUGCGCGUUCAAGUGUCUCGCGAAGGAUCCAUGUUUGUCCUUCAACUUGGCAGAUUUGGAUGAUAACAUUGACAAUCUGCUAUGUGAACUGCUUCCAUCUGACCAUUACACCCAUUCAGACAAGUUCAUCACCAACCAUCUUUGGUAUCACCACAGUAUUGCGUCUCCUUGCUCGAUGUUGCCCUGUCAAAACGAUGGAACUUGUGUACCUCUUUACCGGAAAAACAGCUACAAGUGUCGCUGUACGAAAGCGUACACAGGAAGCCACUGCGAAAAAGUUGAUAAUGACUGCAGCUGUUCCUCGGGACCAGAAGGAAAACAGAGAUGCAAAAUAGAGUACCUUAUGGUGUUUCCGGAGCCGCGUUCUACAGAAAAUUACGCCAUGAAGAAUCCAGCCAUAGCUUCAGAUCUCAGCCAGUUGUCGCUGUGUUUUUUCAUCAAACUUGUUCAAGACCAUGGGGAUCAGAUUUUCGUCAGCUAUGCCACUAAACAAAAGGACAAUGACAUGAUUAUCGAGAUUUAUCCAACACAAACAGAUUUUUAUGUUGGCGACGAGUUGUUACGGUUUACCUCGACAAAUCUCUACGAUGAUACCUGGCAACACGUGUGUCUCACCUGGGGAAACACUCAGGGAGUAACGAAACUCUAUAAAGAUGGCCAAUUUACCGGACAGGAAACGAAUCAUGCGACUAAGAAUUAUACACUUAAGGCUGGCGGCUCCCUGGUGCUUGGACAAGACCAAGACUCUGUCGGCGGAGGCUUUGAUCGUAACCAAACUCUUCAUGGCCGAUUGGCAAGUGUCAACAUGUGGGAUAAAGUUCUGUCCGAAAGCGACAUUGCCGCUCAGUACACAAAUUGCAGCGUACCUCAUGGUUCUGUUAUUAACUGGUCUGCAUUCAAAAAUCUUACUCAUGGCAAUGUCACAGUUGAAGAGCCAUGAACUACAUUGGUCAGUGAUCAAAACUCUUGCAGAGCCUAAAAUCGUAACUCGCGUGAUGGUAAAUUCCUAAUAUUAGUGAAUGUACCAUAUGCCUGGCUGGAUCAUGUGACAUAGCACUAAAAUAGCAAUUGCAAUAUUAUAGAAAACCAAAAUAUGAAAUGAUAUUGCGUUGAAACGUUGCUUUUGUCUGAGCGGUUGGAAAAUAUUUCAUUUAUUUAUUUACCUAUUUACUCAGAUGUUUGCCAUUACGUUAAGACAGCUACUUGUUUUAUAAUAUAUUGUAAGCAGCCUUAAUGACAGAAAAAUUUUUUUUCUCUGUUCUGAUUCAUUCAUGACACUCGAGAAGGAAUUUAGAGGGCCUUUCAAGAUCUUUAAAGAUCCCAAAGAAAUUUCAAACAUUGAGAGGCAGACAAGACGAGCGCUGGUACUUUGAAUGUGCGGCUAUGAAAGCCUUAUAAAAUGAUAAUCACAUAUGUCCUGCCGCAUAUGAUAAGUUGCGAUUAGGAGAAAAGCCCGCAUGUCCCUAAUAAACUACCGUGCUCUAUCGCUUUUCGCAACCUCUUCAAAUACUUAGGGUGUUUCUGUUCAGUUUUUUUCUCGGAGUCCAUGUCACUUGCCAUCGAAAAACAUCGCAUGUCCUAUAAGGGCCACAGAAGAAAAAAGAUAUAGGUAGGUUCUUUACAAAUCUGAUGUAAGCUUGCAGUAGUCUAGAAAAUUCCAGAGUAAAAUUAACAGAAUCUGGAAAUUCUACCGUUGACAUCGUAAUUUUAGAACUAGGGUAGGUACAAUA